AUGCAAUAUUGCUAUUACUUUUUAUCCAAACACAUGCCUAAAGCUAAUAAUCGUAACCUCAACCCUGACUUACAGUAAGACGAAAACUUCCCCAGUCUUCUUUACCUGUGGCCGGGCGUCAAACACACAACUUCAACUUUAGGUAGGCCUAUCAACAAACAGACCCUGCAGCGUGAGAGAGUCCCUGAGCUUCAGGACAGCCAUGGCCGAAUCCCAGCUCAUGUGCAUGGAGGACGGCCACAUCGGAGCCAAGGUCCCGGAGUCCAAACCGGAGUUCUAUUACAGCGAGGAGCAGCGCGCGGCCAUCGAGGAGCUGCUCAAGAACGGCGACGGCGCCUUCAAAACGCGACUUAAAGACGACAACAUGAAAGACUUUUUAUCGGCCAGAGAAGUCAAACUGUUGUUGAACACUUUCAAGCAGUACGACUUAAAUAAUGAAGACGACACCAGCACCAAAGCCCCGACGGCCAGGUCAGAGCUGGGAGCCGCUGGUAGCGACGCAGAUUCAGGAGUCCAUUCCACCUACUGGCCCCAGAUGUCGGACACCGAGGUGCCGCCGCUGGAUAUCGGCUGGCCCGGCGGGGGCUUGUUCAAAGGGAUAACCCGAGUGGCCGUACACACACACCCGCCCAAAGAAAACGGACCUCACAUCAAGGAGGUGGUGCGGCGACUCAUCCAGGGGGCCAGUAAGGUGAUAGCGAUAGUGAUGGACAUGCUCACAGAUGUCCAGAUCCUGCAGGACCUGAUGGAUGCGGCCUGUCUUCGCUCUGUGCCCGUUUACAUCUUGUUGGAUAGCCAAGCUGUGCCACACUUCCUGGAUAUCUGCUCCAGGCUGCAGAUUGGCUCACAGCACCUUCGGAACAUCCGAACCAGAACACUUCAGGGAAUUGGCUUCAAUUUGUCCUUCGGUAGACUGCCUGGUUCACUCUGUAAUAAGUACAUGCUGGUAGACGGGGACAAAGUCAUGUUUGGCUCAUACAGUUUCUCCUGGUCCACGUCUCGCAUGGACCGCAACAUGAUCACUGUGAUGACGGGGCAGGUGGUUGACUUCUUUGACAGGGACUUCCGUGAGCUUUACGCCAUCUCCGAGAAGCUGGACCUUUACAAGGAGUUCCACGUGAGCCCGCCCACAACUGCGACAAUACGCUCUAAAGUGGGCCCAAAACGGCCGUCGAUAACGGCGACCACAUCCCGCUUCCAGGUUAGCUUAGGGGAUUCUCGGAAUGCACAAAUCCAGGUGCCUGCCCACAAAUACCACAACCCCAAAUACUCCCUGGUGUUUGGGGACACCCCGCGUCCAACAGGGUCUCUGCAGGAGCCAGGUCCCAAGAGAGGGUCCACUCUGGCUAAGGUUCCCGAGGAAAUGGACCCGGCAAGGCCACGAGUGGCCGGCAGUGAGAAGGUGGAGCGGUUGAGUUCGCUGCCCUCAGAAGCCCCAAGCGAAAGCUUCAUGAGGCUCAAUGGAGUCCCGCAGGACAAGAAGUCCACAUGGAAGCUGAAAUUUACCAGGAAGAAACCAUCCAGUAAGCUUCCGGAUAACAACCUGGCGGGCAGCACAUGCCCUUCACCCACAGAAACCAAUAGGACGGAUGAGGACAACUUUAGUGUGAACGUGAAGACUCCAUCCAAAUGGAGGCGUAAGAAGCCACCUAAACUGGUCCCGAGGACAGACUCUAAGCAAUCUGUCAACACCGGACAGGACAAUGAGAGUCUUACCAGUGGACGUCCAGGAAAAUGUAAAGUGUCCUGAGGUGAACCUACCAGUCUCUGUCCAUUGAUACGAUUACAUUCUUAAAAUGGAUUACAAAAUGACUUCCACUGACGUCACUUUUGAUUGUUCAAUAUUGCAAGAACUGUAUCCGGUGCCUUACAGAAAGUGCAAAUGAAUGAACAGUUCUUAAGGCACUGGCAAAUACAUGUGCCAAAUUUGAAAUGCUGAGUCAAUAAUCAAUAUGCUUGGGGAUAUCUGUUGCCCUGGUGGGGUGCAGAGAGGUUUAAUGAGGUAUUCGCUGGUGAUCGUUUACAACUUGAUUCCUCAGGACUUUUGUGGCUAUGUGGAUAUACUGCUCUCUGGAGGACACUGAAUGUGAAGUUGUUUAAGUGCAUGUUUUAGUACACUAAACGUGAAAUAAGUCUUUUUUUUUUCUGCAAACAGAGGUGGUGCUCAGGUAGAAGAUCAUUUGAAGGGAGCAUUUUUCGGAGGUUAUAUAUAUGAGAUGGGGAGUUUGAGACUAAGACUCAAGUCGCACUUACUGUAAGUGGCACACACAGUAACUUCAGACUUGACUUGAGACUCGUCCCUUAAAAGACUUCAGACUCGACUGGGACUCGAGAGGUGGGAAGUCUGAUGAGCUGAAUGUUAAUCCCUAUCGCCGCGUAACCUAUAACCCACCUGCUUAAUGAUCUUGUUAAGCACUUUGGUCAAGUAAGGUUGUUUUUAAACGUGCUAUAUAAAUAAAUUGAACUGAACUAAUGGAACACUUAACGUCGACGGCGUAACUUUGGUUUGAGAAGUGGGGGGGGGGACCUCUACUAUAAUUUCUUAUUUUGAUUUAAAACCCAUUUCCUACAUGUCAACAUACACUUAUAUGGACUAUGGUGAUACAAAAUCCAGGAAAUAAUGAAGUUGAUCAUAAUGAUAAAUUCUGCCAGAAAGAAUAGUACAAAAGUAUGAACAAGAAAUGGAUGUCUAAUUGUAUAUUAUAGGGGCUGGUCGCCAAGACUUUAGAGAAUAAUUUUAUAAAGUCAAAAAUGUUAAUGAUUUGUGUGGGAAUCAAAUUGAAAUAUAAAAUAUGAGAUUUAAUUUCCACUGCAGGUAUGCAAACUAAUCAGGAGUAAAACAGGUGAAGAGCCUACAGUGGACCUCCAACCCCUAGGGGAAUCGGGGGGCAGGCUCCCCCCCUAAAGAAAAUGUUGUACAUUUUAAAGUUUAAAGCAUCAAUCUGGUGCACUUUGAGGGCAAAAAUAAGAGGCUAGAUCUAUGAAGAAUCUGUACCUCUUGUAAACAAUAUUGUGUUAUUGUAAGCAAUUUAACCGUAAACACAUUGUUUGUAUAAAUAUGAAUGGUGACGACGUUGCAAGAAAAGUCACACCCACAAAAUUGUACAUGAGACCGGGUUUAGUUUACAAAUGGUUAAAAACAAAAUCCAAUACAGCAUACCUUUGAGCCAACAAAGAAAUAUAGCCAAGCUGCUUACCAUUGUUGAACUGGUUUAUUUUCUAUCUAUCACCGUUAGAGGACAGGGUAUUGAGUGGGCGGGGGACAUGUCCCCCCUGUUCCCAGUAAUGUUCCUUGCUGCGCGCGGCCACACUUGAUAGGACAACAAACAUGUCAACGUCAGCUGCUGUGUGAAUUCAUCAGAAGCUUCGGCUCUAAAAACAUGCAACAUGCAACGAGGGCCAAACAAAAGAAGCGCUGAAUGCAAAAUAUGUGGCGUCAAGAUUCUGGUUCAACCAGCUCAGCGUCGGCCAGCUAACGUUACCUUGCUUCUUGCUUUAGCUACAACCUACGGGAGGUUAAUUCUGACUGUUGUUGGCUAGAUAUUAUUAUAUAUAGCUACAUAUUAUGUAUAUAUAUAUAUAUAUAUAUAUAUAUAUAUAUAUAUAGCAGUGUUCAAAGCCUAAGCAGCCUGGGUGGAAUGCAGCAGGUGAUACAACACUCAUAACCACGAGAGACUUGGACUCUAGCUCAGAGACUUGAGACUUGACUUGGACUCUAGCUCAGAUACUAGAGACUUGACUUGGAC